UUGUGUCAAUUCUCUUCCUCAGGGUCGAUGUUCAAGGGAAAACUGCAAAUAUCUUCACCCACCACCACACUUAAAAACGCAGCUGGAGAUCAAUGGACGCAAUAACCUGAUUCAGCAGAAGAACAUGGCCAUGCUGGCCCAGCAGAUGCAGAUUGCCAACGCCAUGAUGCCUGGUGCCCCGCUGCAGCCUGUGCCGAUGUUUUCCGUUGCACCGAGCUUAGCCACCAACGCAUCGGCUGCCUUCAACCCCUACCUGGGGCCCGUCUCCCCAGGCCUGGUCCCAGCGGAGAUCCUGCCCACCGCCCCGAUGCUGGUGACAGGGAACCCCGGGGUCCCGGUUCCUGCUGCUGCCGCCGCCGCUGCCCAAAAGCUAAUGAGGACAGACAGGCUGGGGGGAAGAGCUGAUAUGUGGAACUUACUCUCAGGAGCU